AUGUUUAAAACACUUCGGCCUGCCGGGAAUCUCCCGUUCCGUUUCGCCAGCAGAUCCUGUCGCGGCCGUCAAGCAUAUCAUGUAGUCGGGAACGUUGCGCGUCGACGAGAUGGCGUCGCUCCACCGCCGCCGAAAGACCCGGUAGCGUACGAAAAGGAGAUUUACGACAAAGGCCUGCGCUACGAACGACCUCGCUUCACCUUUCAAACGACCAAAUGGCAGGCGCUGGCGGAGGAGAGAAUGUCAGCCGAGGCGAAAGGAUACGUCGUCGGUAAUGCCGGGGACGGUGAGACGGCAAGAAAGAAUUCCGAGGCGUUUGCAAAGUGGUCGAUUGUGCCUCAAAGACUCGUCAAGACGGAUGGGUUACCUGAUCUCUCCGUCGACGUGCUCGGUCAGCGGCAUCCGUUUCCCAUCGCCGUGGCCCCAGUGGGAGUGCAGAGGAUCUUCCAUGGUGAGGGUGAAUUGGCCUCCGCUGCUGCCGCCGCUCGCGAGAACGUGCCUUAUGUUAUGAGCACGGCGAGCAGCACAAGCAUUGAAAACGUGGCCGAAGCGAAUGGCGUUGGAGUGCGGUGGUUUCAACUGUACUGGCCCACCAACGAACACAACGACAUUACGGCGAGUAUACUUCAACGAGCAAAGGCAUCGGGCUUCACGACACUGUUUGUCACUUUGGAUACGUACAUCCUCGGCUGGAGACCAUCGGACAUGGACAAUGGAUACAACCCAUUCCUCCGCUCGGAUAACAUUGGCGUAGCUAUCGGUUUCUCCGACCCAGUCUUCCGCUCCAAGUUCAAAGCCAAGCACGGAGUCGAAAUCGAGCAAGACUUGCACACGGCAGCAUCGGAAUGGACGGGAACGGUCUUUCCCAGUCUGAGCCACGGCUGGGAGGAUAUCAAGUUUUUGCAGGACAAUUGGGAUGGGCCGAUCGUGCUCAAAGGCAUUCAGACGGUUGCCGAUGCCCGAAAGUGCGUCGAACAUGGCGUGCAAGGGAUUGUUGUGAGCAAUCACGGAGGCCGACAGGUCAACGGCGGUGUCGGUUCACUGGGCAUGCUUCCUCGCAUCGUCGACGCCGUCGGCGACAAACUCGACAUCUUCUUCGAUUCCGGAAUUCGCAAUGGCGCCGACAUCGCCAAGGCAAUGGCGCUCGGGGCACAAAUGUGUCUCGUCGGACGACCAUACGUAUAUGGCCUGGCUCUGGGAGGCGAAGAUGGGGUGAGCCAUGUGUUGAAGUCGCUGCUCGGCGAACUGGAAUUGACGCUACAUCUUGCGGGCAUUCAGUCGGCGAGUCCGGAACAUCUGAACCGUGAGAUCUUGAUCCGGGAGGACCAGCUGUAG